AUGAAACGGAGGAGCGAUGAACGCGAAGUGGGGGCGUCAGUGUGUGCCGCUCGCUUUACACUCAGUCAGUCAGCAGGCCGGCCAGCCAGCCAGCCAGCCGUCGACGGUUGCGCCUGCUCAACCGGCUCGCUGGACGUGGAUUGUGGAGCGAACUGGGCCAUCGCCGAUCGUAGAGACAACACUGAGGGAGAAAAACGCCACAGUGGAUUGACUCGAGCGGAUCCGCCUCGACAAUGUUGA